CGCGGAGCAUCCGUCUUCUCCAUCCCGGGAGGGAAUAGAGAGCCAUUUGCUGACAUUUGCGAGCCAAACUCUGGACUGACCGUACGGGUUUGGAAGAGCAGUUUUCUGUCACUCCGAAAAAUUGGCAGUGGGCUGCCCAAAGGAACCAAAGGGAUUGAUCACAUCCCUGACAUUCCUUUUUUUUUGGAGUUUGUCCCACUUACUUUGACGGUGGUUUUUGAUCACAAAACACCAUGAGCUCACGUCAGCGAAAGCGCCCCGGAGGAGCAAUUGAUUCCAGACCAGCUCGGAAACGGAGCAGGCUGCUGCCCUCCAGCGCAGGUGGGACUUCGCAGACAGAGCCAAGAGACCUUGAGGAAAGUGCUACACCCGCUUUUGAGCCUGAAGUCAUAGAUCUCACAGGUGAAGACACCAUAGAUCUCACAGGCGAAGAUGUCAUAGAGCUCAGAGUUGAAGAUGUCAUAGAUCUCACAGGUGAAGACGUCAUAGAUCUCACAGGUGAAGAAGAAGUCAUAGAUCUCACAGGCGAAGACACCGUAGAUCUCCAAGGUGAAGAAGUCAUAGAUCUCACAGGUGAAGAAGUCAUAGAUCUCACAGGCGAAGACGUCGUAGAUCUCACAGGUGAAUCUUUGGAGCCUGAAGUCAUCAUUAUCAGUGACGAUGAGUCUCCUAUGGACAGGGAGCAGAGCCAGCAGCAGCUGCAUCUUUCCAGAGCAUCAGCCGAGCCACUGGCAAGGGAUGAUGAAGAAGAACCAAGAGACAUUGAUGGUUCCGCUCUCUCUAGUGAUUGGCUGCUAUUUGAUUUCGAUCUUCCAUAUUGGUCAGAUGAGGACUCAGAGGUGAGGAUCCACAUGUCCUUGUCCUUUCUGGUUUUUGGGAGGGAAAGGGACAAAAGGGGAGCUGCACAACUCAGUUGUUUUAGGUGGGUGCCACGGGCAGCUGGCUGGAAGCACAGCCCUUGCUGGGAAGCUCCAACUUGCCCAUUCCUCCAAGUCCCCUCUUGCUGGUGUCCACAGAGGGAGAAGCCCUUGCCAGGAUGGCACUGGCAGAUCUGUCUGUUCCUUACAGUUCUAGCACUGAGUGACAGACUGCACAUAGCCCAAGUCCCGUUUUCCUGGUGCCGAUAGAGCAGCAAACUGGAAUUCUUUACUCCCAAAUUUCUGUUGUGGCUUCCUUUCUUCAGCAGUGGUUCACCUUGUACUGAGUGUUUAUGGAUAUCACAUUUGAAUGUUCCCUUUUGAGGGAGAAAGAGGGAAAGAAACAGCUCUAGGCCCAGAUCCAGUUAGGGAGCUGAAACAGGGGAGGAAGGUAUUCAGGUGGUUCCUAAUUUGUCUCCAUUUCUACCCCACUGCA